GAGAAGAAUUGUUUUACGUUUUUUGGGUUAUUGUUUGCUUUAUGCAUAAUUUUAGCUGUUUGAAGGUUUACCAGAUCAACAAAAUUUUAAUAAUUGUGAUUUUAUGAAUGAAGGGUUUGUUUGUGAAUUGUGAAAUUUGUGCAUACAAUUAUGCAUUUUAAAAGCAUGUUUACUACAACGGACUCGCCAAUGGUCGUUUUUUUUAAGGGUACAAUGUCACUUUAAGAUGCCGUCAUCGUCAGCCAACAUGGCGCCGCACUGACACCACCUUUUACACACACGAAACGCUUCGGCUAAUGCUAGUGUGUGUACUACAGAUAUAUAACACUGUUUCCGGACAAAAUUCCUUCUACCAACAUUGAAUCCAAUCAUGAGACGUACACUGCCUCCGUCCGUAAGGAGUCUACUGACAGAUAUCGGUCCAAAAGACGUAUCCGUAUGGUCAGAUGACACACAGGACGCCCCGUCAGUCAGCAAGGAGGGAAUACUGCUUCCAGUAAGAAGGUCUGCUCCUGGACGAGAAGACUUUCUCACCCCUGUUAAGAAGCACGCAGGUGACGGCAAGAACUCAAAGAUGGGCGCAGCGUGCAUGUUCUGUAACUGCAAACCUGCAUGCUACACAUGUCCUAGGUGCAACCUGAGCUACUGCGGUGUGGCUUGCUACAGAAGCCCUGCACACUCCUUGUGCUCUGAGGAGUUCUACAAAGAGUCUGUUCUCCAGGAGCUGAAGAACAUGGGGAAAACGGAGCAUGAGGGGAAGGCGAAAAUGCUGCAGAUUCUUCUUGAACUAAGACAAAAGGCGCAAAUGACAGACGGAGGAAUGGAAAGUGUGUUAAGAGAAGCUGGCAUGGUGCAGGAAAAAGAGGAGGAGAACAUAGAAACUAUGGAUCUCCUGUCCAGAUUAGCUGAGCUUCAGGAGUCAGGGGCAGGGAGUGCAGCAGAGAUUGAGGCCAUUAUGAGAGAACUGGAAGAGCUUGGAGGACAGGAGGGAGGCGAGGAGCCAACAGAAGGUGUGGCUGAGCGUCUAUCAGAGCUGGACCUUGACCAGCUCUCCGAAGAGGAGCUGUGGGCGCUUCUUGACAGCCAGGAGAAAGAGAAGUUCAUGAGUCUGCUAAAGGGUGGCGCUCUGGGUGGAUUGAUCCCUAUGUGGAGGCCUUGGUGGGAGGAACAUGAGGUUGGAAGGAGCGCACUGGUGGAGGUGCUUGAGGAGGAAGUGAACAAGCAGGAGAAUAAUGAUGCAUCACCACCAAAGGAGGUUCAGAAUCAAGGCAGAAAAAUGAAAAAUACUAAAGGCAGGGAUAGAAAGGAGGCAGCCGCCAACAGAGGACGCUCAGCAGUCUCUAGUGUGCCUUUGGUUUGUGCCAAAAUACCCAAUCUGACUUCCUUAUGUCCAAAUCCAUCUCCCUUAGUGUGCUAUGGUUUAGUCAACGCUCUUUAUUGCUACAGUUUCACUUUGCAGCUCUUCAAUGGUGAUGUCGACUCACUACUAUAUGAAUUUUGUGAUUUGAUGCUCUCCUUGUCUGAGGCGCUGAGUUCCAGCAGGGUUUUCACCUCCAUCCAAGAGGCCGUACGCUGCGGAGAGACUCUCAUUUUAGGAGGAGGCUACCUUGACAAAGAAGCGUCCCGUGUCACAGACUGGGCGAUGGAAGGCGCUGCCCACAUCAUGACUGGACGAGAUAACAAGGAUGCUACAGGUUACACCCUGGCGGCAUUGAGUCAGCUCCGCUCUGCACUCUCCAAAGCCAGGGCGGCUCUCUCUAAAGACGGCGAAGAAGGUGCAAGGAGACAGAAAUACUUCCUGGCUUCAAAGAAGUGUGAAUUUUUCCAAGCCUGGACGCUGGACAAUUCUAACCAGACCCGAAGACUGGCUUUAGAGCUGUGGAACGAGCACAGCAGACGAGAGAGAGGCAGGGAGAGUAUGGAGAAGACAAAGACACUCGUCGAGCAGAGCUUUAAGAAAGGCAAGAGGAAAGGGAAUAGUGAGUUGAUCCAAGAAUUAAACUGACUGAGGUCCAUAAUGCUCCAAAUAACUCAUGAAUGUUGAACUGUUGUAAUAAUCAUGUGGUUGAAGCGCUUAACUGUCCAACCAUCAUUUGACUUGGUUGUAUUCUGUGUGAUAUUCACAGGAUAUCAUGUAUUUAACAUUUAAUGUGAUAUUUAUUCCUGAUGGUGUUAAUAAUGUCAGCUAUUUUUGUCAGGAUUCAAAUUUUAUAAGGCUGCUGUUGGUGACUGGUCAUGUAUUAUUUGUUUGCAAACAAUUUGUUUUCCUGACACAUUGUACCGGUAUUAUUUUUUCAUUUAUGUAUUCAAUAAUAGUACACGAUCAUUGUGUGAAAAAGAAUUUUGAACCUGACGCCAUGUAAU